AUGCCCGUCAGAGGAGGACAAGCGCUGUGGAUGAUGCCUCGGUGCCGACCACGGCUGCUUGCUCCAGAUAAAGAGAGAACAGAUGAUGGACAGCGGCCCAAUCAAGGAUUUGCAUCUGACGAAAAGCCCAAGGAAGGAGUCAAGACUGAGAACAACGAUCGUAUUAAUUUGAAGGUGGUGAGGCAGGAUGGCUCCGUGGUGCAGUUGAAGAUUAAGAGGCAUACACCACUUAGUAAACGAAUGAAAGCCUAUUGUGAACGACAGGGUUUGUCAAUGAGGCAGAUCAGAUUCCGAUUUGAUGGGCAGCCAAUCAAUGAAACAGACACACCUGCACAGUUGGAAAUGGAGGAUGAAGAUACAAUUGAUGUGUUCCAGCAGCAGACAGGGGGUGUCUACUAAAAAGGGAACCUGCUACUUUACUCCAGAAUUCUGUUCCUCCGGACCCAGAAGACGUUCUCAAUUAGAAAACCGCAAUUUGGUUCCACCACAUCCUGACUACUACAGUAUAGUUUCUCUAUUCUUUCAUUUUCCCCUUCCCCAUUCCUUUAUUGUACCUAAAGUAACUGGUGUAUGUGCACAAGCAUAUUGCUUUUUUUUUUUUUUAACUAAACGGCCAACGGUAUAUUUUGAUCGACAUCAAAUGGAGAUGGAAUGGGGAAAAAUAGUGGUUCUGUGAAGAUACCCCCUUUUCUCCAUUAGUGGCAUGCUCAUUCAGCUCUUAUCUUUAUAUUCCAGUAAGUUAUUUUGCUCUCACUGUUUAACAAAAAAAGAACAACAUAAAAAUUCUUGCAUACCUUGUUCGAUUGGAGAAUUUUAAUGUUUUUCAUUUAUCAUUGUAAAACCAAGGACAAUUUUAUAACUUUUUUGUACGUAGCUGUUACAUGUAGGGCAAUCUGUCUUUAAGUAGGGAUAAAUUACUCUAAAAGAAAUGAAUCCUAGAUAG